AUGCUCUCCAUUGCUCGAACUGCCUUGCGUCCUGCAUUAUCUCAUCGCUCUCUUGGGGGAGCAGCCCGCUUAGCGUCUCUCCAUACUGUUCCUGACCUGCCCUAUGCAUACAAUGCUCUUGAGCCCUUCAUCUCAGAGGAAAUCAUGAAACUUCAUCACAAAAAGCACCACCAAGCGUAUGUCAAUGGCCUCAACGCUGCGGAGGAGGCGUAUGCCAAGUCGACUUCGACCAAAGACCAUAUCGCCUUGCAGAGCGCGUUAAAGUUUAACGGCGGUGGGCACAUCAACCAUUCUUUGUUCUGGAAAAACCUUGCUCCAGCCAGCGAAGAGGGUGGAAAAAUCGACAAUGGGCCGCUCAAGACGCUUAUUGAGCGCGACUUUGGCUCCGUCGAAGCUUUCAAGAAGGAGUUCAACGCCAAAACGGCUGCUAUCCAAGGCAGCGGAUGGGGCUGGCUGGGAUACGAUUCCAAGAGUGGCAAGUUGGAUAUUGUCACCACCGCCAAUCAAGACCCUCUUAUCACCCACACUCCCCUCAUUGGCGUUGAUAUCUGGGAACACGCUUUUUAUCUCCAAUACAAGAACGUAAAGCCUGAUUAUCUCAAUGCUAUUUGGAACGUCAUCAACUUCAAAGAGGCCGAACAGCGACUCGCUGAGGUGGCUAAAUAG